AUGAAUGAUCCUAUCAGAGAGUCAAUCAAACAGGUGGAUGCAAAUACCUGGCUUGUCGGUCCGCUACAACUCUGUCGGUCAAAUGGCUAUUCUGAUACCUCCACCUGGUACGAUCUAGACGACGAUGUCAGCUAUACUCUCACCAACGCAUCUGUUCCCCCACCUCCAACUAUACCGUUAUCGGAGAAUGUUCCAUUCCGAUUAGUCUACGAUGUCGGCGAUAGCUCUGCAGUCUGGUCUAUAGGAAACAACGCUUUUUGCAAGGUCAAACUUCGCGUGCUAGGUACAACAUCGGAAGCGGCAACAUUGGCGUUCGUCCAUGGGGAGCGGCCUGAUUUCGAGAUCCCCAAAGUUCUGCACCACGCAGAACACAAUGGCCGGUCCUAUCUGUUUUUGAGUAGAGUUCGAGGCCGAACUCUUGAAAAUGCGUGGUCUACUUUGAAUGAAAAAUGGCGCCAUCACUAUAUGAGUGCCGUGGUGAACAUCUGCAAGUUUCUCGAGAAACGAGAAGGCAAUAUGCUUUGUGGUGUGAAUGGGAAGAACGUGUUUGAACCCUUUCUUGUCAAAUAUGGAGCAAAGGAAGACUUUCCCCCCCACAACCUCCAACAAGGAUGUGAAUUGAUGGGUAUGGACUGCUCUAGAUUUGUCUUCUACCAUGCUGAUCUCGCCCCUGGAAACAUCAUGGUGGAAGACGUCCCGGAGACUGGCUCUGUCGGUAUCAUUGAUUGGGAGGUCGCUGGCUUCUUCCCAAGAGGAUGGAUUCGAACAAAAUUCCGAGUCAGUGGCGGACUGGAUCUUCCGGAUUCAGUUACGGACCCAGUGGAAUGGAGGUCGGGUGUACAAAAAUUGCUUGAGGCUCAUGGAUUCGAAGACUACUCAUCGCAAUACGUUUCAUGGUGGCACUGA